UUACAUGCCUGCUAUAGGGUUUGUUAGGAUUUCGAGAAGAAUAGUCGCUCUAGAUAGAUCAGUCAUUACUAAAAGGGUCCAAAUUUUCCGUUAAGCCAUUAAAGUACCUAUUUUUGAUCAAAUUUGUAAAAAUACCAAAACCUUACGUUUUUACCUUUUAUACGAGAAAGUAUGGCGGUUAUUAUUCCCCCCGAGGACGCUCACUGGUCACUUAGAUUCGUGGACAUUUUGAAGCCCUUUCCGAACCAGACAGUGGCCAAUGCCACCUACAAGGUCAUCCGCUUCCUGUACCCUCCCUUCGCCCAGGAGGCGCUCAGUAUCACCCACGAGGUCAGCAACCCGGAGCUCAGCAAUGCUUUCAUGGGUUUGCUCCUGGUCUUCGCUCUACUUUGCACAUCUGCGGGCCUAGUUGUGUUCAUGCGCCUUAAAAAGCCGAAGCCCGCGGCGAAGGUGCCGUCCGAAAGACUCCAGGAGCUGGAGCACCGAAUAAAGACCAAGUACGGCUCCCAGUAUAAGCUGGGCAUUUGGGAACGGAGAGACAUACCCGAUCCGAUUCCGGCCAAGAAGCGUGCAUUGGGGCUCGAGCCUGACAGCAACGAAAAGCCUCCUCCCAAGUCGAUCAACGACUACGUGGAGGCACACUGGAUGCCCGCUUCCGUGACCAACUUGGGGGGAGACGGGCGCCCUAGGAGCCCCAGCAAGGGGGGUGUGAAGUUCAACAAAGAGGUCAAGUGCCGCGUGUUCGAGGAAAACAUUGCGAUCCAACUUGGUGGCGAAAACCCGCUGAAUCUGAUUAGGCCGAUCCAGGAGAGUGAGCCAGAAGAUUCGUCUGAAGAUCAACAAGGCAGCGAGGAGGUGGCGACGAGAAUCGCUCCUUAGAGAGUUUCUUGGCCUUUUGGUUGAGAGAAGAUGUUUGACAAAGCAGCUCAUGCCCAAAACCGCAUAUAUUUUCACUUCCUCAAUUUGGACUAAUAAUAUCGUCCCUUUCUGGCUGCCAACUGUCAGCUUUCGGCUUUCUCUGCGGGCACAAUAAAGAGAAGUGAUUUCCA